ACUCUUAAAAAAUCGUCGAACAAGAAAUACAACUGUUAUAGAAAAUUAGAUACAAUAUUUUAUAGAUUACUAGUAAAUCAUAGACAGGAUAAAAGUUCAAAUGUUAGAGGAAUACGGGAUAAUUAAGUAAUUGUAGAAAAGGAACAGUUAGAUAGAAAUUUAUUAUAUAAUGGUGGAGUAAAUAUGCAAACUAAGGAAAAUAAAUCCUGUAUAUUUGAAACAAAAAAUUAUUUCCAUGUUAAACCAAAAAUAUUAAAAGAAUUUGAUUAUAUGAAUUUUCAUAAAAUCAACAUAACAUUUAGAGACAAGAUAAUAAACAAUAAAUGUGGAUUACGAUAUAUACCACUCUAAUUAUUGUUUACUUGUUGUUGUUAUCAAAAAAUUUUAUCAUUGAGUUAUAGACCAACAUAUGGGACGUUCAUUUUAUUGAUAAAAAUAUUUUGUAAUGUGUGUUCAACACCUUUGCGUGAUAUAUUUAUGAAAUUACCAUUAAUUUUUUUGUUCACAUUUAUAGAAAAGGAAACAACUAGGAAACCUUUUCAUGUAAGUAAUUUUUAUUGUAUUUUAAUAUAUAUUAUACCCAUCUAUAUAUUAUAUGUUACACUAAUGUAAGCGGUUGUUUUUUACUAUAAAAAAUUUUAAAAAUGUGGAAAAAUCAAGUUCAGGAAAAGGUAA